AUGCCAAAAUUAUCAAAGCAAAAGCGCCAUUUACAAAACUUAAAUCAGCAGAAUUUGACGCUCAAAAUUUUUAAAAUAAUUACCAAUUUUGAUCACGAAUAUCUCCCAGAAAUUCAUAAAAUCCUUACCAGUAUUACAAAUAACACUCGAGAAGAAGAAAUGUUUCAAUCGAUACGUGAAAUGCCAGAACAGCAAAAAGCAAACGCGUUAAAGCUUUUUGAUACAAUGCGAAAUCCAAGAGGCAAACAUGCUAAUGAAAUCAUUUCGCCUUACCUUCAAAAAAAGGCUCUUGAAUUUAUUACAGAGCAUCCAAAAAAUCAAGUUAAAAAAUUAAAGGCUGAAAAUAUCGAGUUAAA